AUGGCCGAGGACAAGGCCGCAGCCGUGAUGGCAGAAUCGAUUGGAAAAAAUGAGUCUGAUUCUAACCACAUCGAAGAUGUGCAUGUCGUGAAGAAAGUACACGCUGAUGGGCACGUGGAUCUUGUCGAUGCCCACGCCAUCGGAGGAGCUUUCGAAGAGAUGCCAAAGGGAUACUUCUGGAGUGUCCAAUUCAUUGGCACCGUCAUUGCAGUGUGCUCUGGAAGUAUUUGCGCCUAUCUCGGAUGGGUGUUGCCUGCGAAUACGCUUGCACUGAUCAACGAAGACAUCGGCCCUUCCGAAAAUUUGAAUUGGGUCGCAACCAUUUGGACUAUUGGUUCGGCGAUUGGCUUUCUGCUUGUCGGCCGCUUGUCAGACAUCUUCGGCCGCAAGUGGAUGGUCGUGGGCACGAACGUACUAGGACUUCUUGGAUGCAUUGUUGGCGGCACCGCAAAGAACAUCGAUACUCUCGUCGGCGCGAAUCUGAUGAAUGGAAUUGCGGCUGCAGGACAGCUUUCCUUUGGCAUCGUUCUCGGAGAGCUGGUGCCAAACAAGCACAGAGGACCAAUCGUCGCAUUGGUCUUCUUCUCCUCCAUGCCGUUUGCUGUUUUCGGACCGAUCAUUGCUCGCACGUUCAUCUUGAAGACUGCAGCUGGGUGGCGCUGGUCGUACUAUCUGGGGAUCAUUCUGUCUGGCAUCACCAUCAUCCUGUAUCAAUUCCUCUAUCACCCUCCGUCCUACGACCAGCUUCACGUCUCCGGAAAGACGAAAUGGCAGCAGUUCAAAGAACUGGACUUUGUGGGAAUCUUCCUCUUCAUUGCCGGCACGGUACUCUUCUUGAUUGGCCUGAGCUGGGGAGGAACCACGUACCCGUGGAAAUCCGAUCUAGAGUACCACCGUGCUAAUCAAUUUGAAGCUGCCGUUCUCUGCACCAUUAUUCUAGGAGCUGCUACGCUCGUUGCUUUUGCUCUGUACGAACAAUACGUCUUCAAAGGCCAGGCAAUCAUGCCGCCACGUCUCUUCAAGAAACUCGAAUAUGUCGCCAUCGUCAUGGUUGCUUGUGUGGGUGCAAUGGUGUACUACGCCCUGACUAUUCUCUGGCCGACCAUUCUCGGCACCAUCUACACAACCGACGUCAUCAAAAUCGGCUGGGCGUCUUCGGUCGUCGGAGGCGGUAUCUUGCUCGGCCAGAUGUUUGGAGGUUUCGCGCUAUCGUACCUCCCCAAGGUCAAGUGGCAGCUCGUUAUCCUCUCCAUAAUGGGUACUGCGUUCUUGGCUGGCGAGGCCGGACUGCAACCAGAUGCGUAUGCAACCUUCAUUACGCUCGGCGUGUUAGCAACCUUCGUCAUAGGAUGGAUCGACAACAUUUCCUUCCCGGGUGUGACGCUCCUCUGGGAAUCCCAGGACAUCGGUCUUGCGACCGGUGUACUUGGUUCUAUCCGUGCUAUUGGCGGUGCCGUCGCGCAGACAGUCUACGUGUCCAUCCUGCAGAACAAGGUCGCUACUUAUCUGCCCGCUUUCGUCGCUCCUGCCGCCACGAAUGCAGGCCUGCCUACCUCUUCCCUCCCGCAGCUCUUCGCUGGAAUCACCGCUGGUAACUUCACCGCCGUUCCUGGGAUUACGCCUGAGAUCAUUGCUGCCACGGGCGCAGCCACGCAAAAGGCGUACCUGGAGAGCUUCAGGAUUGUGUUUUAUGCGACGAUUCCGUUUGGCGUGCUGUUGAUCAUCUUCAGUGCUCUGAGCCCCAACUUCGAGAAGUAUCUGAGUAUGAACGUGGCGAAGAGGCUACAGAAUUUGAAGGGCGAGCUGCAAGGCGAGGGAAGGGAGAAGGAGGGCGAAGCGGUGUAA